UUACUGCAUUAUUUGUAGUCUCUAACUGAGGUGAAUUUUGCAUUGCAGGACAAAAGGGUAAGUGGUUUUCUUUGUGAGAUUACUUGAAAAAGUCAGGUUUUCAUCAAAUCCAUGGAUGCUCUAGUUAAUUUUAGAUUCAUUUAUCUUAUUUUUCCUCAUGGAUAUCCAAGAAUUCUGUUUGUUCUCAAAUUCCUAUGAUUAAAUUUAUCUUAUAACUUAGCAUUGGCCUGUGUCCUUUUAUCUCUAAAUUGUGUGGCUUGAUAUACUGUUGCAAGGUUGAUAAUGAGAACUCUAAAUUACCUCUUUCCCAGUUGUGGUCCUGCUAUGGUACAAAACUAGAAGAAAAUUUUAGUGCAAAAAUAAAUAAAUAAACAUGUCAAAAAAAUGGCACAGGAAGCUGUUCCGUUCCUGAUAUUUGAAGUUUUUGUAUUUGUUCAUUAUAACAAUUGAUUAAUAUAAUCAUCUUGAGUAAGUUCCGUGAUAUGAUUUCUAUGGCCCGUUGGUUUCCUGAGUUUCUUGUUUAGAUAAAAUUUGAAUCCUCCAAAAGUAUCAUUCUCACGUAAAUUGGAACUAAAACUCUUAUGUUCAAAAACCAUAUAUGUGAAAUAAGCUGGUGACUUUUGGGAAGGAUAACCAACAAUAAAAGCAUCUUUACUGGCCUUACAUUGCUCCAAACUUCCUAUAGAAGCUAGGUAUUCAUUUAGAACCUCCUCAUAAUUGGAACUUAAGAUCCUCUCUUGAUAACUUAUACGUACCCUCACAUUUUCAUCUUCUUUUCAUGUGAAAAAGUCGACCAAAAAGUUUCUUGCUGGAGUGAAGAGAUGCAUCCUUUGUCGUCCCGAGAUUGUUGGAUCUCGAAUGUAUGCAACAGUCGAUCUUGAUAAGGCCAGAGUUGGUCGGACGAGAAUAGUGGAUCAGCCAUACAGUCCUCAAUGGAACGAUCAUUUUCGUAUAUAUUGUGCUCAUACAGUGUCACAUAUUAUAUUCACAGUUAAAGAUGGAGAUUUCAUUGGUGCAACAUUAAUUGGAAGAGCUUAUGUGCCUGUUGAGGAAAUCAUCAAGGGAUUUGUAUUUGAGAAAUGGGUUGACAUAUUAGAUGAAGACGGUAAACCUUUAUAUGGUCGUUCUAGAAUCCAUGUAAAGUUGCAAUUUUCAAGUGUUAAUGAAGACAGGAACUGGUCCCGAGGAAUCUUGGAUCCGAAUUUUGAAUGUGUACCUUUCACAUUCUUCAAACAAAGAUGGGGUUGUAAAGUUUCUCUUUACCAGGAUGCUCAUGUUUUAAACAACUUCCUUCCUCGAGUUGGUUUGUCAGGAGGGAAUUUUCAUGAAGUACACAGGUGUUGGGAGGACAUUUUUGAUGCAAUUAGCAACGCGAGACACUUGAUUUACAUAACUGGUUGGUCUGUGUAUACAGAAAUAACUUUGAUCAGAGACAGAGAAAGAAGACAAACAGGAGAUGAUAUUACUCUGGGGCAACUGCUAAAGAAGAAGGCAGAAGAAGGUGUGACCGUUUUGCUUCUUGUUUGGGAUGACAGGACUUCCAUUGAAGUGUUCAAAAGAGAUGGUUUGAUGGCAACUCACGAUCAAGAAACUGCAGAAUACUUCAGGAACUCGAAGGUACGUUGCGUUCUAUGUCCACGGAGUCCUGAUGUAGGCAGAAGUACGAUUCAGGGGUUUGAGACUGAUACCAUGUUUACUCACCACCAAAAAACAGUUGUGCUUGAUAGUGAAAUAGUUGGUGGAGGAACAGAAAAAAGAAGGAUCAUAAGUUUCGUUGGUGGCAUUGAUCUGUGUGAUGGGAGAUACGAUACAUCGCAGCACCCUUUGUUUUCAACUCUAGAUUCAAUCCACUAUAACGAUUUUCACCAGCCUAACUUUUCAGGCUCUUCAAUUAGGAAAGGUGGUCCUCGAGAACCAUGGCAUGACAUCCAUUGCCGCCUAGAAGGGCCUGUUGCUUGGGAUAUUUUGUACAAUUUUGAGCAAAGAUGGAAAAAGCAAGUUGGAAAUAACUCGUUGAUUCCAAUGCAAAAGUUUGAAGAAAUCAUUACCCGCCCAGUAAUGGUUUUACCAGCAGACGACCCUGACACGUGGAGUGUUCAAAUAUUUCGGUCUAUUGAUGGUGGUGCUGUACAUGGUUUUCCAAAUACACCCGAAGGUGCAGCCGAAGUCAACCUUGUAACUGGAAAGAAUAAUGUUAUAGAUAGGAGUAUUCAAGAUGCUUAUAUUAAUGCUAUUCGCCGAGCAAAAAAAUUCAUAUACAUUGAGAAUCAAUAUUUCCUUGGAAGUUCUUAUGGUUGGAAAGCAGCUGGUAUAAGGGUAGAAGAAAUCAAUGCUUUGCAUACUAUUCCUAAGGAGAUAUCACUGAAGAUUGUGAGCAAGAUUGAAGCUGGAGAGAGAUUUACAGCAUAUGUUGUGAUUCCAAUGUGGCCAGAAGGUAUUCCCGAGAGUGCUUCAGUUCAAGCUAUAUUAGAUUGGCAAAGGAGAACAUUAGACAUGAUGUACACAGAUAUAUCUCAAGCCCUUCGGAAGAAGGGCCUUGAUGCAAAUCCUAGAGAUUACCUGACAUUCUUCUGCCUUGGCAAUCGAGAGAAGAAGAGAACUGGAGAAUAUAUACCACCAGAGAAACCAGAGCCCAAUUCGGAUUAUGCUCGGGCUCAAGAGCACCGACGUUUCAUGAUCUAUGUUCACUCCAAAAUGAUGAUAGUUGACGAUGAGUACAUAAUUAUUGGAUCUGCCAACAUCAACCAAAGAUCAAUGGAUGGAGGAAGAGACUCUGAGAUUGCAAUGGGGGCUUUUCAACCUCGUCACUUGGCAUCCAGUGAGCCAGCGAGAGGUCAAAUCUACGGCUUCAGAGUGGCUCUAUGGUACGAGCAUCUUGGUCUGUUUGACAAAGUCUUCCAUAACCCAGAGAGUGAAGACUGCAUCCAAUUCGUAAACAAGCUCGCUCAAGAGAACUGGCAAUUUUACUCGGACGAUACGUACGAUGGCGAUCUUCCUGGCCAUUUGCUUUCCUAUCCCAUCCAAGUAGGACCCAACGGAUCGGUUUCGGCACUGCCAAAAUUUGAAUUUUUCCCUGACACGAAGGCUCGUGUUCUUGGCCAACUAUCCGAGUAUCUACCUCCAAUCCUCACCACUUGACGACAUGUCGUGAUUUAAUCAUCUCGUCGUACCUAGGAUUGAUUGGUCAAAAGAUGUAAAUAUGAUGUGUCGGUAAAGAUGUGAUCUUUAGAUGACUUGAUUGAUGUUAAAUUGUUUCAUUAUUCUCAGAACAAAAAGGGAAAGUAGGAAAUUGGAAAAAUGCAUACAUACAGAAAGAGAAAUGGGCCAUUAUAAGAAAAAAGAAUAAUUUUUAUAAACUUCAAAUAUUGGAAUAUAUUCUCAACUUUGACCUGCGUUUUACUCCUUUACCCUUUUUUUGUUUUGUUGUUUUUGUUUUUGUUUUUUUUUUUUUUUUUUUUUUGGCUUUUCCCUCUUACCAUUGCUGAAGAACAUACCAGAUUAAAAAAUGGACAAUGAAUUGACUCUGUUUUCCACUUGGUAAGGAGCCAUCCUUAUUCAAUGGUUUAUUUAUUUCGACCCUUCUAAAAUAAUCUUCGACUGCUGGACAUAAUUCGAAGGCUUCUCUCUUUCACGGAAAACACAAUCAAGAGAGGUUUGGGGAGUUUACAUGAAUUUAAACGUUGAACUUUAAGCCUCUCCCCACCAGGAUUUAGUGCUCUUCUUCCAACAAUUUUGCUUGGAGACGCGUUAAUGCAUUAUCCAGGGAUAUUUGGCUUGUGCUUUAACAGAUUAUAACAGAUGAG